AUGACACGAACCGACCCGCCUGACAUCCUGGUGUCUACGGUGUACCAAGAUAUAAAGGUGGCCUCCGCAGCCCCCCAGGAUUCGAUCGUCUGCCAGCCGCUGGCGCGAUGUGACGCCUUCAUGUCCUCGUCCCUGCCCUGCGAUCCGCAGCCCUUCAACAAGCGCCACUGCCGGAGCUUCGACUUCCUUGAGUCGCUCGACGACCAGCUGGGCGCCCCGGCGGCCAUGGAGCGUCCCCCCGGCCCGGGCAGCCCCGAGCCGGCAGCGGGGCGUCGCGCUGCACCGAGGCUGGAUGGCGCCGGCAGCAGGGCUGCGCCGGCGGCGAGGGAAGGGCCCAGGGAGCCAUCGGCUCGGGGCGAGGCGAGGCGGCGAGCCCGGUCCAAGAGCGCUCCCCGGGCGAAAACCACCUUCGCACCGGUGCCCGUCGCCGGCGUGGCGUCGCCACCGGCAGCACGCCGGGGGCGCGAGGCGCUGCGGGCCUCGCGGGAGGCGGCCCGCGGCGAGCCAUCGCCGCGCCGCGAGGGCGGCUACGCGGCCCGCCGGCCGCUGGCCAACGAGGUGCACCCCAUCAAACUGCAGCCGCAGCGGAGCGGCGCCAGCCGCAUCUCGCCGCUCUGCGUUGGUGGCGGCAACUGCUUCGAGGAGGUGCCCGGCGCUGCCAAGGCGGCCGCCAGCCCCCACGUCAAGUGCCGGGUGGACAUCAAGCCGGACGAGGCGGUGCUGGCGCACGCGGCGCGCGGGCUCAAGGCCGCGCAGGGCAGGCAGGAGGCGGCGGCGGGCUGGCGCCGGGCGCCCGUGGCGGCCCGCGGCCUGGCGGUGCCGGGUGGCAGACAGGCGGCCCUCUCGCGCACGCCCACCCCCAGCGACUCGUACAGCGGCGAGCACCCGCUGCUGCCCUACGCCGCCGACUACUACGAGGCAGACCCGCGGGGCCCGGCGUACCAGACGGUGCCGGUGCCCUCGUCGCGCGAUUACCGGGAGUACCCCGAGAGGGGCUGCAUGACCUUCGCCGCCCCCGGCGUCCCUACCAAGUUCUUCUAUGCCGAGGAGCCCGCGCGCUGCCCCAGCCCGGCCAUGCCCCUCAAGAGCUCCGGCUACGCCAGCUACCCUUACCCCCGGCGCCACAGCCCCCCACAGCACUUCUACACGGAGGAGCCAACCAAAGUGAGCAUGCGCGCCAUCCCGCCGCGGACGCUCUACGUGGAGGAGGCGCGCAGCUACCCCAUGCAGGAGCCCCCCGGCCACGCUUUCUACGGCGACGACCCGCGCUUCUACGCUGCCCACGGCGCUCCGCUGAAAACGCUCUACGCCGAGGAUGCCCGGACGUACCCUGCCCUUGGCUCUUCCGCCAGAGUCUUCUACGCUGAGGAUUACGGGAAGUACCGCGAGCGGGAGGCUGCUGCGCGGACGUGCCCCCUUCCCCGCAGCACCCAGCCCUUGCACUUCAGCGACUGGUACUGCCCCGAGCGGAGCGCGCUGCCCUAUCAGACCUUGCAGGUGUCACGGGUUGCCCCCCAGCUGCCUGGGCGCGAGGCCAUGCUCUCCUCCUGGCACGCCAGCUACAGCACAAACCCCCCGCGGCUGGGCAGGGAGAGCCAGCACUACUCCAAAUCCUGGGACAACAUCCUGACGCCCGUUGUCCGCCGCGAGGACCCCCUGCUCCGCGGGCGCAGCUAUGAGAACCUGCUGGCGCAGGAGCAGCCACGUGCCUUAUCCCCCGACGACCGGCGGCAACCGGUGGUGAUCAACCUAUCCAGCUCGCCCAAGCGCUACGCCGCCCUGUCUCUCUCGGAGAACUCCAUCAUUGAGAGGGUGCACGCAGACGGCGGCCGCUACCCCAUGGGCCGCUCCUGGUAUGUCACACCGGAGAUUACCAUCACCGACAACGACAUCCGCGCCAACGGCCUCAGCAAGAGCGAGAGACGCUCAGCCAGCUGGGACGUGCUGGAUGCGGGGCGGGAGGGCAACUGUCCUUACACUGUGCCCUACCACCCAGACCCUGUCACCAAAGAAAGUGCCCAAAGCAAUUCGGCCCGCCAGCGCAGCCUGGAGCAGCUGGACGAGCUCAUCACUGACCUGGUCAUCGACUACAAGCCAACGCCCAGCCACCGCGCUGGUGACAGAGAUAGCCUCGCCGAUCAGCUCAAAAAACUCAUCAACAGCAGUGCCCCAGGACACCCCAGGAAAGCGGAGGCCAGGAAGGCCCCCGCCUGCACGCCCGAGGGAAACCGGCCCAUGAAGGAACAGCCGGGCCCCAGCACCUUCUGCAGUGACUCUCGCCCCGAGCGGGGCAACCACGGGCUGCCCAUGUCUGUCUCCAGCAGCAACUUUGAGAAGCACCUGGACAACUGCUCUCCAGACCUAAGCGCCGAGGAGGACGACAUGAUGAUGUGCUCGAAUGCCAAGUGCCGGCGGACAGAGACCAUGUUCAACGCCUGCCUCUACUUCAAGUCCUGCCACAGCUGCUACACUUACUACUGCUCCCGAAACUGCCGCCGCGAGGACUGGGACACACACAAGGAGAGCUGUGUCUAUGGGCGCGUUGGCAGCAUCUGCCGCCAUGUGUUACAGUUCUGCCGGGAGAACGCCGAGGUGCACAAGGCUUUCUCGCGCAUUGCCAAGGUGGGCUACCUCUCCCGGGGACGUGGUGUGCUCUUCUUGGGCUUCCCCAACUCGGGCUCAGCGGAGAACUUCCUCCAGUUCGGCUUGGAGAGCUUGCUGAUGUCCCCCACAUACCUAUCUCUGCGGGAGCUGGAGAGCUACUCGGAUAACCUAGGGGAAUAUGCUCGGGAGCUGCGGGAGACCGGCAACCAGUACGACCCCGAUGAAUGUUUCCUCUUGAAUGUAACUGUGGCCGUUGCCCAAAAAGUGCCGGAGAGGCCAUCUCCGAAGAUCCAGGUGCCGACGGUCAGGAAAUAUGCCAAGGUGGCCUUAGCCUCAUCCAGCCCUGAGAAGAAGAUCUUGAAGAAGGAGAGGGACAUGGAGACCUUGAUCCUGACCCCGCCGCCCAGCACGGCGGACAUCGACAAGGAGGGGGACGAAGGGCGCAAGGCGCGGGAGGUCUGCUUCAUCAACAUCCAGCGGGAGUUGCGCAUCCGCGGCGUCUUCCUGCGCCAUGAGUUCCCCAAGAUCUAUGAGCAGCUCUGCGACUUUGUGGAGAGCAACAAGCGCUUCACUCCCACCACCAUCUACCCCAUUGACAAGAGGACAGGCAAGCAGUUCAUGUGCAUGAUCAUGGCUGCCUCAGAGCCCCGCACCCUUGACUGGGUGGCCAGCCCCAACCUCCUGGAUGACAUCAUGUGAA